AUGGAUGCUCUAAACCAAACAAGAGUGACUGAAUUUGUUUUCUUAGGACUCACGGAUAACAGGGUGCUUGAGCUGGUAUUCUUAGUGACCUUCUCAAUCACAUAUUCACUAACUCUUCUGGGGAACAUUAUCAUCAUGGUUACCAUCAUUUUUACUCCACGUCUCCACACUCCCAUGUAUUUCUUUCUAACCAAUCUGUCUUUUAUUGACGUAUGUCACUCAUCUGUCACUGUACCCAAGAUGCUGGAGGGCUUUCUUUUGGAGAGAAAGACCAUAUCAUUUGACAACUGCAUUGCACAGCUUUUCUUCUUACAUCUGUUUGCCUGUGCUGAGAUCUUUCUGCUGACUAUUAUGGCCUAUGAUCGUUACGUAGCCAUCUGUACUCCAUUGCAUUACUCCACUGUGAUGAACUUGAAGCUCUGUGUACAGCUGGUCUUUGCUCUCUGGUUGGGAGGUACUAUUCACUCACUGGUGCAGACCUUCUUGACAAUUCGUUUGCCUUACUGUGGACCCAACGUUAUUGAUAGUUACUUCUGUGAUGUGCCUUCAGUCAUUAAGUUGGCUUGUACAGAUACAUACCUCACAGGAAUGCUGAUUGUUUCCAACAGUGGAACCAUCUCCCUUGUUUGUUUCCUGGCUUUGGUCACAUCCUAUACUGUUAUCCUACAUUCCCUGAGAAAGAGGUCACCCGAAGAACGCCGAAAAGCCCUGUCCACCUGUUCUUCCCAUUUCUUGGUGGUUGCAUUUUUCUUUGGACCAUGCAUUUUCAUCUACACUCGCCCAGAUACCAGCUAUUCCGUUGAUAAAGUGGUCGCUGUCUUCUACACACUGGUCACCCCUUUGCUAAAUCCUCUCAUUUACACUUUGAGGAAUAUGGAAGUAAAAAAUGCCAUGAAGCAACUCAGACAGAGACAAGUGUUUUCCAAGAAAUCAUGA